AUGAAUGGCCAAACAACUAAUGAAAAUGUCGAAGAGAACGUCACUGGUGCAUUCCCUGUGCCCUUGCACCGGAUCGAGCAAGAUAUGACUUUCCAAGAGAAGAAAAAUCUACUACUGCUAAACCAGAUCAUCCUGUUCAUCCUGAAUACAUCCCACUAUAUGACUGAUCUCAUCUACGCGCUCUACUUCCUGUCAUAUUGUGAACGUAAGAAUGGUGAGGAUACGCUUGUUAAUGAAGACAAGAAAGUGGUGGAUCAGCUCGCAGAGAUCCGCAAACAGCUCUAUGCACUCGUUUACCAGGUUCGUACCAACUUUCGCCAACUUCUUGAUGACUGUGACAUGGCCAGUCUGGACUCGGCACCCAAAUUUCGCAAACUGAUCGACCGUAACCUGAUUUGCGUACUGGGUGUCAUUAACGAGCUACUGAUCUCAGAGAUGAAAGCGUUCUCGGCACCACUAUCACUUCAGUUGCAUAAUUGUGUCAUGGGGUUUGCCAAUAUCCAUCAGUUUCUCAGGCGAGUGCCCUUGCAUCAUCAGUAUCAGAUCACUAAGCCACAACUAGAUGUACUACUGCGAGCAUUAGGCCACGAACUGAUCCCGAGCUGGAAAUAUCAGCUAGAUCUACUCAAUUUCAAGCUGUUUAACCUGUUGGCUUCGCACGAUUCCAUCGUGGCCCACUACAGAGAAGCUACAAAAGACCUCGACACAGACGUCCGGGACGGUCCAGGUUUCAAACGAUUCGUUGCCUGGCUUAAGGACGAGAUUAUGGGUAAUGUGGCCGUUUAG